CGGGCGGGCGCCGCGCUCGUCUUCCCGCGCUCGCUCCGGGUCCGUGCGCGCGUCCCUGCGCGCGGCAGCCGCCGGGAGGAAAGCAUGCCUCAGACCCCUCCCUUUUCAGCGAUGUUUGACAGCAGCGGCUACAACCGGAAUCUGUACCAGUCUGCAGAGGACAGCUGUGGGGGGUUGUAUUACCAUGACAACAACCUUCUCUCUGGGUCCCUGGAGGCUCUCAUCCAGCACUUGGUCCCUAACGUGGAUUACUACCCGGAUAGUACAUAUACUUACCCCAUCCUGCUCAGUUCCGUCUAUCUUAUGCACCCGUACGAGCUAAUGGCCAAAGUCUGCCACUUAUGUGUCGAGCACCAGAGACUAAGUGAUCCUGACGGUGAUAAGAACCAGAUGAGAAAAAUUGCACCCAAAAUCCUUCAGCUCCUGACGGAAUGGACAGAAACGUUCCCUUACGAUUUCCGGGAUGAAAGGAUGAUGAGAAACUUGAAAGACCUGGCCCACCGCAUAGCCAGCGGCGAGGAGCAGGCGUUCCGGAAGAGCGUGCAGCAGAUGCUGCAGAGCCUGGUCCGCAAGCUGGCCGCGCUCAGCCAGUACGAGGAGGUCCUGGCCAAGGUCGGCUCCACGGCCGCCGACCGGCUCGCCGUGCUCAAGAGCAAGCCGCUGUCCGUGCAGAGGGACAUCACCGCCGUCUGCAGCGACCCCUACACGCUGGCCCAGCAGCUGACCCACGUGGAGCUGGAGCGGCUCAACUACAUUGGGCCGGAGGAGUUUGUCCAGGCAUUCCUGCAAAAGGACCUUUUGGAUAAUGACAAGACCUGCUACAGCGAACGCAAGAAGACGCGAAAUCUAGAGGCUUACGUGGAGUGGUUCAAUCGCCUCAGCUACCUGGUGGCCACAGAAAUCUGCAUGCCAGUGAAGAAGAAGCACCGGGCGAGAAUGAUCGAGUACUUCAUCGACGUGGCCCGGGAGUGCUUUAACAUCGGCAACUUCAAUUCCCUGAUGGCAAUAAUCUCCGGCAUGAACAUGAGCCCCGUCUCCCGGCUAAAAAAAACCUGGGCCAAAGUGAAGACUGCCAAGUUUGACAUUCUGGAGGUAGGUGAAGCUGGUGUGCUCCCGUCGAGUGGCAUUUUGCACCUGUCUAGCGGAACUAGUCGACGGAGCACUGCCUCUUGAUCAGGCAAUACUGCAGAGGAAAAAACGCCCAGCUAUUUUGAUCAUCCCAGGGAAAAGGAAUGGGAUUAUAAUUGAAAGAGGAAGGAAAUAAAGUGGACAUAUAGGAGUAACAUUUAU